GGAAAAUAUCUAUUAAACAUGGAAAUUAUAAUAUAAUCAGAUAUGGAACUGCAGAGCCAAACACCAAACGAAGAUGACGAUGUACAAGAGCAUGGUAUCACCCAGGUGGUUAUGCAAUAUAGCAAGAGCAUCACGCAAAGCUUGAAAAAGGCACUAUCACACUCAGUAGAAGCUGGAAAUGUGGCCACGGACUCACUAACCGAACUUCAAUCGCAAAAUGAAAAUAUCAAUCGAAUUAAAGAUAGACUUAACGAAUCACAUGAAUCUGUAACAACAACACAAAAGAUAGUAGAUGCCUAUCUUAAUUCUGUCAGCUGGAUUACCAACUCCGUACCAUGGAAAAAGGGAAUACAGUUAAAAAAGGAUAUGGAACCAAACGUAUCAACUGGAAAGACUAAGUUUUGGGAUACAACAACAUGGUUUCCGAACAAGGAGACCUUGACCAAAGACAUUGCCAAUCAUAAUUCCAUAACCCACGCGGUGAGCCAUUUAGCAGUAAAUACAAGCGACCACCUAGAUAUACUGAUUGAGGAACUGAGGAAUAACCGCCAAAAGACUGAAACUAUCGCAAAUGCCGUGCAAAAACAAAAUGAUGAUCUAGAUCGAAUCAGUGAAUCGGCAGUAGGACUCCAGGAGCGAGUCAACCAAAUCAACCAGGUAUUAAAAGACCGAGUUUAACAAUAAAUAAAACUACACAA